AUGGUGGCAACAACAGACUCCGAACAUACCAUGACCGGAUGGGAAGCCUUUCGGUUAUACAAGAAAGCUGUUGGCUGGUCACUAAUUGUAUCGGCUGCCGUCAUUAUGGAAGGUUAUGAUACUGCGCUACUUGGCGCGCUCUAUGGAUUUCCAGCAUUCCAGAAGCAGUUCGGUCAACCGUAUGGAGAUGGAUAUGAAAUCUCCGCUGCAUGGCAAACGGCUCUAUCAAUGGGUACGAACAUCGGCGUAGUGAUUGGAGUCUUCAUCAAUGGCAUCAUGACGGAGAGACUUGGACACAAACGAAUGAUGCUAAUUUCACUCGCCACUAUUACCAUGUGCAUUUUCGUGCCAUUCUUCUCAACCACAGCGCCUGUCCUAUUCGUUGGUGAAGUUCUAUGUGGCAUACCUUGGGGUGUAUUUAGCACCCUAGCUCCAGCCUAUGCGUCAGAGGUCUGUCCAGUAGCACUUCGUGGAUACCUUACAACCUAUGUCAAUCUAUGUUGGGUAACAGGACAGCUUAUUGCAUCUGGAGUAUUGGAUAGUCUGCAAGGUCGCAAUGAUGAAUGGGCAUAUAAGCUUCCCUUUGCAAUACAGUGGGUAUGGCCAGUACCUCUUUUCUGCGCCCUCUGUUUUGCUCCAGAGUCACCUUGGUGGCUAGUGCGACAAGAUCGUAGAGAGGAUGCCAAAAAAUCUUUGAACCGCCUUUCAAUAUUGUCGGUUGAGGAGAACGAAAGAAUGGUAGCCGAGAUGGUACGCACAAACCACUACGAAACCGAAAUCACCAAAGGUACCUCCUACAAAGACUGUUUCAGAGGAUCCAACCUUCGAAGAACUGAAAUCUGCUGUUGCGUAUGGGCAAUUCAAACCCUCUGUGGCAGUCCGAUCAUGGGAUAUGCCACUUAUUUCUUUGAGCAAGCAGGCUUGGAUACUUCCAGCGCAUACGCACUAGGUGUCAGCCAAUAUGGAUUUGGCUUCAUCGGCACGAUACUUGCCUGGGUUCUUCUGGCCCACUUUGGACGUCGAACCAUAUACCUUGGAGGGUUAGUGUUUAUGAAUACUAUGCUAUUUCUCAUUGGUAUAUUAGCCGUCAUACCAGGUACCAAUAGCGCUAUUCCCUGGGCAUCAUCGGUGGUGCUAUUACUCUUCGUCUUUGCCUACGAUUUAUCUGUUGGACCGGUCUGUUUUGCUCUGGUUAGUGAAACAUCAUCUACAAGACUUCGAGGUAAAACCAUCAGCUUGGCUAGAAACACUUACAACCUAUUCUACAUCAUAUUUGGAGCGGCCACACCGUAUAUGCUGAAUCCAACAGCUCUGAACUGGAAAGGCAAGGUUGGAUUUUUCUGGGGUGGACUCUGUUUCCUGUGCACAGUGUGGACCUACUAUCGACUACCUGAACCAAAAGGUCGCACAUACGAGGAGCUCGACAUUAUGUUUGAGAACAAGGUGGAUGCUAGGGCAUUCAAGAAGUACGUCGUGGAAGAUAUCCCAGAGUAA